AUGUGGGGAGCGACUCUGUAUGUAGCUCAGCUACUACUGUUGCUAACGCAGAGCCUCCAGUGCAGGAAGAGGCAUCCCCACCAGGGGUACCUAAACGGGAUUACCCACCCCGCACCUAGACAUGACAACAGAAGCAAGAUAAGUAAAACCUACGCAAGAAAAAAAAAAAAGGAUAAAGAAAAAGAAUACUAUGAGAAUUUUUUUAGAGAGCUGGAUAAAAUAUUUAAUGAUGAAGAUGAUGAGCAGAAGCAGGUGAGGGAAGAGGAGAAAAGGAAGGAGGAGGAAAUGGACGCGAUAAGUGAGAAGGACCUUCUGGAGGUGAAUUUUUGUAACUAUGAGAGGGACCCCAGGAGCUUGGCCAACUUGGUCAGGAAUAGGACAAAGGAGGAGGAUGGUGCAGACACAGGCGGGAAGGCUGGAGCUAAAGGGGAAACUCCGUCUGAGGAAGUUUCUUCCACCCAUGGAAGGCACAAAGAGACCAUGCCAUACAGCUACGACUACGAAAGAGUGCUGAAGGGGAAGGAAUACCUGCCAGAGAAGAUCCUCCUAAAGGAGAAGUUCUCACUGCAGGAAGACGAAGAGAAGCUAGUCGAUCGAGUAGACGUGAACACGAUGAAUGAUUUUUUGAGUAACUACCAAAAUGACUUCGAGGGGCCUUUUUACAAGGGACGCAGGGAUAGACAUUUCGGUCGAGAGGACCUCCAAGGGGGGGAGUCCGCUUCGGAAUGGAGCGAGGAGAAGAAGUUAAGCGGUCCCACAAGCGCAGAGGUGGAUAUAAAGCAUGGUAGUACAAGCGAAGAGGUGGAUAUAGAGCAUGAUGGUACAAGCGAAGAGGUGGAUAUAGAGCAUGAUGGUAGUAAGGACCAGCUGGAAAGUGUGGACUUCUUGAGGAAGAUCCGGCGCCAGUUUGACCUGGAGCGAGGCGGCGACAUUGACGAGGCGGUGCGGCAGGUGGAGGGGCACUUCACGCAGGGGAGCGUCGCAGGGGAAGGCGAUAGGGGUGACGAUGGGGAUGGCGAUAGAGACUGCCAUACUGAUGGAGGACAGAUGGAGGGACGCCCCUUUGAGAGACACGUGGAGGAGGAAAUCGAAAGGCGCGGCAAGGACGACGAGACUGUGGACAAACUGAUACGGAGCAAAUUCAUCGACAUGUUUAAAGUGGACGAUGCGGUUAAGAAGACAAAUGAACAGAUAAAAAAAAGCCAAAGUGUGAGUACACUACUGGAACUCUUCAGUGAAAACAAACCAAAAAAUAUAGUUAACAUUAUGUAUAUGUUUAUGUAUAUUUGCAGAUUUCAAAACGCAAAUAUCAUGGAAUAUAUAUAUGACAGAAGAUUUUCCUACUUAACGGAUACCCUUGAACAGUUGUUGAAAUUUUACCUGUACAUGUUCAGAAAAAAAAUGGACUCUUCUGUAGGAAAGACGGAAAGGACAGUAAUUUUAAACAGUAGGAAUAUUAUCUUUUUACUGAAAUAUAUGAACAAGUUGAAAUUAUUUUACAUCAAUUUGAAUAUUUACAAUUUGCUAUUCUUGAUAAUGUCUCAAUCGCUUCACCUGUUUAGCAUAGACUCUUUGGUGAUUCUCUUGGCCUACUUAAAUGAGUACUCUUACUAUGGGAAUGAUGUUCAUAAGAAAAUAAAUCUGUCUAUUUUCAGAAGAAUCUUCGAACUUGUGCGGGUCGACGGUUCGAAUUUGUCCAGACUGCACUUCGGCCACUUCAAGUUGCUCGUGCCGCUGUUGGUGAAGCACAGGUAUGUCGGCCAGGUCAGCGAUGUUGGGGAGGUUAGCGGUGUUCACCGUGUCAGAAGUGCUGCCGAUGUUGACGACGCCGCGUCCCGCCUGGUGUCCCACUUCUCCAAGGACACCGAGCGCGCAAUUGAAAGCGUGCGCCGUGGGCAAACAUCCUCUCGCAGCAACGACAUCUGCGACGUCCUCUUCUACGACUCCAAAACGAAAGAGGAAAAAAAAAACAGAGAAAAUUACAUGACCUAUCUGGAGCACCAGCACAUACAGCAGAGGAAGAAGGACAUAAAAUUUCUAUACAGUUUUAUGCAAUACUUAAUGAUUGGUAAUUUUUCCCAAGGGAAGGAAACUGUGCAAAGACUAGUGGAUUUAUUUCUGGGCAACCUUUCCCUCUUCCAAGUGGAAGAUGUGCUCACCAUUUUUUUCAACUCCGAACAGCUGCAUGAUGGAGAGCAGUACAGCUUGCUGCUAACCCAGUGCAAGCGGGAGUUGCUUCAACGGAAGAGCCUGCUGAAGGAUUUCCAGAUAAAUCAGGUGCUCUCCUUUUUCAUACUGGGCUAUAGGAGGAGCGUCCUCUUCCGGGACUACCACCGUCGCUUGUUUGCCAAUGCGCGCUAUGUCCUGCGGAGGGGUCAACCCAAGGAGGGAAAAUCUCCCAGUGUGGACACGUUACCCCGCCUGGACACAUUACCCCGCCUCCUAUCCUGCAGAAGCCAAAUGCGAUUUCUGCAGCGGAAGCACCUCCUUAGCAGCAAUGCGUUUAGAGAUCCCCAGUUCCUCUACGACUUCACACACGACAUACACAUCUUUGUAAGGUUUAAAAAUCUGCACCUCCUCAAAUUUGUCUACAAUAUGUACCUUCUCAGUCUCCUUUACUACAAAAAUGCCGAUGUUCUUCGCAUCGUAUCAGAAGUAUCACAGGAUUUAAUAGAAACUAAUAUCUUUUCCUUCCUUGAUCAGUACGGUUACUAUAUGUACGAAGACCUCUACAUAAUCAUUAAGGCAUUCAAGUAUGUGUCCUUUUUUCAGAUAAAUUUAAUUGAUCCAUGGAAGAAGUUUUUUUUUCUUCUGGAGCAAUUUUCAAAUGCAUUAAAUUUAGAGAAUAUUUAUGACAUAUUCUUUUUCAUUAACAUUUGUAAGCUGCAAAAUCUCAAGUGCGAAAAUUACGACGUUUUCAGAAUGCUCACUGGACGCAUGAAACGUAUUUUGGAGAUCCUGGACAGACACGACCUUCACCAGUUUAGUACGCACCCCCACACGUACCUCCUGAACAUUUUCAGCCUCGUUCGGGAGAAACGUAACGAACAUGUGUGCGCCUUUGCACAGGCGUUUUUCUACUCCGUGUAUAGGCGGCUAUGCGGGGAGUCGGAGAAGGGCUCCACUGAGAAGGGCUCCACUGAGAAUAUUCCCAGUGAGAAGGCCUCCGGUGAGAAUAUUCCCAGUGAGAAUAUCUCCACUAAGAAGAUUCCUACUGAAAAUAUUUCCAGUGAAAAGCUCCCCUAUGACCCGCGGGAGGCCUACCGACGAGUCAACCCCCGCCCAUACAACUUCCGAGACGCUCGACUGUUCCUGCAAGCAUUCCUAUCCUACCACAACGAAAAGCAGGAGCAUCUAAAUUUGCAGAUUGUCCAUUUCCUCCUCUUCAAUGUAGAAGAGUUCUUCUCUCAGCUGCGCCAAACUGUGCACUACUACCACAGUGGCUACAUAUAUGGGGCCCAGAUGGCGGAGUUUCUCUCCUUGCUACGCCAACUGGUUGACAGGAAACUGUACAAUGGACACAUCAUGCGCACUCUUGUCCUCAUAAUUAAGCACAUGAUACAUAUCCAGGGGGUUCACAAUGGCCGUGAUUAUGCCAGCGGGGGGAACAUUUUUAAGCCCUUCUUUGCGGAUUUCCCUCAGGUGACGGAUGCCAACGUGUGGCGCUUCCUUCGGCGGCACGCGCCGCUGAGGUUCCAGGCGUAG